GAGGGGACUGCAGGGGGGGACAAAGUGGCCGGGGGGGGGGGGGGGGCUGUCCCUGCCGCUCACCCCCCGCCCCGGGGGGGCUGGGGGUCCCUGCAGCUGGGUGUUCCUGCACGAGAAGGCUUACCAGGUGAGGGACACCACCAUCGAGUCCUCCGUGGUCACCAAAGUCAAGGGCGUGGGGAGCUAUGGGGACCGCGUCCUGGACACCGCCGACUACGUCACCCCCCCGCAGGGCACCUCGGUGUUCGUGGUGGUCACCAGGCAGAUCCUGACGGAGAACCAGGUGCAGGGCGUCUGCCCUGAGAGCGAAGCUGCGUACCGCUGCACCGCCGACCGCGACUGCCAGGGGAAGAGCCGCACCACAGGCAGCGGGGUGCUGACGGGGCGCUGCGUGCCCUACAACGACACCCUGCGCACCUGCGAGAUCCGCGGCUGGUGCCCGCCCGAGGUGGACACCGUCAGCGUCCCGGUGAUGCUGGAGGCCGAGAACUUCACCCUCUUCAUCAAGAACAGCGUCCGCUUCCCGCUCUUCGGAUUCGAGAAGGCCAAUCUGCCCCCCCAGGCCAGCGCGGAGGACCUGCGGCGCUGCCGCUUCCACCCCGAGCGGCAGCCGCUCUGCCCCAUCCUGCGGCUGGGCGACGUGGCGCGCCUCGCCGGGCAGGACUUCGCCACCCUGGCCACCACCGGGGGCGUGCUGGGCAUCAAGAUCGGCUGGGUGUGCGACCUGGACCGCUCGUGGGAGCUGUGCCUGCCCCGCUACUCCUUCACCCGCCUGGACGGCGUCACCCGGCACAGCCCCAGCUCCCCCGGCUACAACUUCAGGCACGCCCGGUACUACCGCGGGCACAACGGCACCGAGCUCCGCACCCUGACCAAGGCCUUUGGCAUCCGCUUCGAUGUCCUGGUGUACGGCAACGCUGGGAAAUUCGGCAUCGUCCCCACGCUCAUCAACACGGUGGCCGCCUUCACCUCCAUCGGCGUGGGCACGGUGCUGUGCGACAUCAUCCUGCUCAACUUCUUGAAGGGCGCUGAGCACUACAAGGCCCGCAAGUUUGAGGAGGUGCCGGAGGCCAGCGUGCCCCCCCCCUCCAGCAGCCCCACGGCGUGUGCCCUCGGGGCCAUGGGGGACCAGAGCCGGGAGAAGCAGUCCACCGACUCAGGCACCUCCUCCCUCGGCCUCUAGCCCUGGGAGCCAUGGGGCAGCCCCCCCUUUGCCAUCGAUUCCCCCUCUCGCUCCCCUCCAGAGCCCCCCAGCCCCGCGCCACCACUGCCAACCCCUUCCCCACGCUGCCAACGGGACAGGACAGGGGGGAGGUACAGGGCUGCGGCGGUGUC